UGCCCCUGAGUUCUCUCAUCUUCACAUUUCCGAGAAAAGAACCCGCAUCAGACAAUUUCAAGAUGGCAGAAGAAAAGGUCAGUUACUUAAAAGACCUAAGGCCUGGAUGUAAAAAUGUCUAUUUGGUUUUUAUUGUGAUAGAAAUUGGUAAGCCAAACAAGACUAAAGAUGGUCAUGAAAUUAGGACUGUCCGCGUAUCUGACAAGACUGGUUCCAUCAACAUGUCUGCAUGGGACGCCUUUGGUGCGCAAAUGCAGCCAGGUGACAUCAUCAGAUUUUCAAAAGGAUAUGCUCAAGUUUGGAAGAAUCAAUUAACUUUGUACAUUGGAAGAAUUGGCACUAUGGAGAAGAUUGGAGAGUUUUGCAUGUUGUUCUCGGAACUGCCAAACUUCAGCGAACCAAAUCAAGAGUACAUCCAACUAUCAAAACAGCAAACAAGCGACAAAAGAAGCAACCUAGACGCGGGCCAGCCCACUCAUUCACCACCACCACCACCCCCUCCACCAGACGGCUCCACACUCCACCCAUCCAGCAGUAACAAGUCCACAUCACAAAGGUUUCAUCCUUACCAACGAAACCAAGGCAGUGAGAAGGGUGAUCCCAGACUGCUACGGCGCCAAAAUAGUGAUAAUAUCGUCAAACAUCCACCAAGUGAUCCGCGACAACGUCUUGCCGCGUCGCAACAGUCGCCUGCGAGUGGCAUGCAACAAAAGCCGUCGCAAGUUAACUUGAGUAGAGAUCCUAGACGAAGGUGAUGCUCGCAGGAUUGCGUGUAGAAAAACAAUUCGUCCAAGUUUGACAGCUAAACUAAAUUAUAAAAGCAUGUAUUGCAUUAAAAGGAUGCUUGAUGGUGGUCCGAAAUCCUAGUUGCUAUGGUGAUGUCAUUGUGCCGUUUUGUUCGGUAUUUUAAUUGCUUGUGAUAUUCUUUUGUCGAAUUAAAGAAACAAAUUGCUAUGGGAAACGACGCUCGGCAAGCGUGUCAUCUGCGGAGAAAAAUAAUAUUUAUAUUGACAAUUUUUCACAGAGAACCUUGUUUAAUCUUUUUGCGCGGUUAGUAAAUCCAUGUUUUUAGGUGAAGUAGAUAACCAUUUCUCAAUGCUUUCAACAACAAAAAAUUUUUGUGAAACUUUGCUAUGGUUCAAAUAACAACUUUAGGUAAAUUUUUUUUGAAAUUUGAAUGUUAAUACGAAAUUAUUUAUUUAUUUUUGUUUUUCUUCCGUGUAUUUUUAAACACGUAAUCAGACUCCCCCCAAUGUAAAA